CAUGAAGAUUUUUAACUCAGCUCUCUUUAUUUUGCCUGUCUUAUGUACCUCCGUUUUUGCCGGAGUGGUUUACGAGGGCCCUGAUUGUAAACGUGAAUGCAAAUCACCAGCGGAAAAUGCCGUCUGUAAGUACAACUUUGAAGUGGAAUGGUACCACUCUUUGUCCAAGGCAUGCUACGACUGCCCCUUUAAUCUCAGCCACUGCAAGCUGGAAGACUGUAUUCCACUAAAUGGUGUAGAGAGACCGGUUAUGGUGGUGAAUAGAGCAUUGCCUGGUCCAACAAUAGAAGUUUGUGAAGGUGACACAAUUGAAGUACAAGUAACCAAUAACCUUGAUAAUGCUGAAGGUUUGUCUCUGCAUUGGCACGGUCUCCAUGCAAUAGACGCGCCUUAUAUGGACGGAGUUUCUAUGAUAACGCAGUGUCCUAUUACAUCACAAUCAUCAUUUUUGUAUACGUUUAAUGCCAAUCCACCAGGCACCCAUUGGUGGCAUAGCCACGCAGGGAUGCAACGGGCAGAUGGUCUGUUUGGUCCCCUUAUUGUAAAAAAACCCAAGUCAGGAGAUACGUAUUCUCGACUUUAUGACUAUGAUGAACACGUAUUACUUGUUAAUGAUUGGCUCCAUGAACUAACAAUUGAAAGAUUUUCAAAAUAUCACCAUAGUAUUGGUAGUAAUAGCGCCGACUCUAUUCUUAUAAACGGAAAAGGAAUAUACAAAACGCUAACAAAAGGAAACAGCGAAGCCAACACGCCGAGAGAAAUGUUUACGGUUAAACAGGGCAAGCGAUAUAGGUUUCGGACCAUCAACGGUGCAAUAACCAACUGCGCACUCAAAAUAUCUGUAGAUGAACAUAGGAUAACCAUGAUCGCAUCCGAUGGAGCAGAAAUCGAUAAAGAAGAAACCGACUCGUUCAUAAUCUACGCAGGUGAACGAUAUGAUUUUGUGUUGUAUGCAAAACAAAGCAUCAACAACUACUGGAUACGAGUAAACGGUGUGGAAGGAUGUUCGAAACUUUAUGAGCUUGCAAUAUUGCGGUAUGAGGGCGCCCCCGACGGAAAUCCUAGCGGCCUCGAUGGAUACGAUCCACAAAUUGGUACAACUGUGAACGCGUUAAGUGACGACAUUAAACCUGCACAUGACGAUGACAUAACUAUUCGACAACUGACAUCUCGUGAUGAAGAUGACGUGGCAUUUUCACGGGAAGCAGACAAAACGUUUUACAUCGGGAUGGAUUUCAGUGCUGUUAAUAAUAUUCAUUUUAAUCAACCCGACUUCUAUCCAGUGAGUUCAAGUCGAAUAACGUAUAGCCCACAACUAAACCACAUUAGUUUUGCAUUUCCAUCGUCACCACCACUCAGCCAGUGUGGAGAUAUACCUAAAGGGACAUUCUGUUCUGAAGAUACGUUCACGAAAUUGAACAAGAACUGCUCUGCUGAAUUCUGCCAAUGCGCACAAACUAUUAAUGUUACCCUAAAUGAAGUUGUUGAAUUGGUGGUUGUGAAUGAAGGGAAAAAUUUUGAUGUUAGUCAUCCCAUGCAUCUGCAUGGCCAGUACUUCCGGGUUAUUGGCUUUGAAAAACUAGGAAAGAGCACAACUGUAGAUCAAGUUAAGGAAAUGGAUAAAAAUGGCAACUUGAGGCGUGAACCACACUUAUCUUUGAAGAAAGACACCGUCAUCGUUCCCGACGGUGGGUAUGUGAUUUUACGUUUCCAUGCAACUAACCCUGGCUGGUGGUUCUUUCACUGCCAUUUGGAAUUUCAUGUGGAGAUUGGUAUGGCAUUAAUUGUGCACGUCGGUGAACAGGAUGAUCUACCUGAAGUGGCCAAGAAUUUUCCGAAAUGUGGUAAUUUUCCAAACAAAGGAAACUCAGUUUUCACAACCCAAAGUCUUGCUAUAAUUUUGUUUUUUAUUUUCUAUUUCGUUUAGCAAUUUUUAGAUAUAUUUUGCUCCUUACCAUGUCUUAAUAUCUCAAUCAUGACAGAUGUAGUAUUGCAUAGGUAUAGUUUGGUGUUUUUUUUAAUAAGAUUUAAUUUUAAUGUAAGUUAAUCAGAUUUUAGUAAUUAGAACUUUUAACGUAUGUAUCUAUAGUGUUAACCUAUAGUAUUAUUGGGAGACGGUUUCUAUUUAAUUGGUUUAUAUAUGUAAAAUCAUAUUAGUAGCAUGUUUUGAAAUUUAGAAUAUUUUAACUAACAAAGUAAUGAAUCUGGAAAGUAUGAUUUAAGAUGAAAAUUAGAAGUCAAGAGCUACAAAUGAAGACAUUGAUGAUGCACACGAAAUGCAGCAUUUCUCUACAUCCGUUGUCUGGAAGGUCUUUGGCCCAUGGUGUGGUCCAUAAUGGUUUAGUAAGCAACUGAAUGUUGUGCCAUAAUUUUGAUUUUUAUUUUCUAUUUCAUUUCGCAAUUUGAGGUUACGACCCAUGGUCACACGACAAUUUAGUAUACGUCGGAGUCAAGUAGGUCUAUUUUGUAUUUGUAUAUUUAUUUUCAGCCAUAACUUUAAAAUCUUUAAUCAAAACAGAUGCGAAGAGGAAGAUCUACCUGAAGUACCCAACUAUUUUCCGAAAUGUGGUCAUUUUCAAAACUGAGAAAACACAGUUUGCUAAAAUUUUGAUGUUUUAUUUUCUAUUUUAUGUAGCAGUUUUUAGAUCUAUUUUACUAUUAUAAUGUAUCCCAUUAGCACUACCUAUUCUGUUUGUGAUAUUAUUCAUUCCUCCUUCUUCUUUUCCUAAGUAUUUGAAGCUACUAACAUUUUGUUGGUUGAACAUUUAUGGUGAUGUCUUCAUUUCUGUUUGUAUACAUACCUUUUCCAGAUUUCGCUUUGCACUUCGAUUAGUUUCCUAAACACUUCUCAUUUUCUUCUUCUUGGAGCACUUGGAAUCUGUUUUUUGGACUUUGAUAUUGAAUCUUGUUUUACAUCUUUGAGCUUGCCAACAUCAAGCCUUUUACCGCUGUUCUGUCCUUUCAUUACUCUUCUUCAGUUUUAAGUAUUAGCUCUCUGAGGAUUUUGGUGACUGUCACAGAUGUCCUAAAUUUUCUGCUGACAACUGUGUGAUCCAUUUGGUUCCUUGUGUUUCCGUUUGGAGAAACCCAAGUGUAUUUGUGAAUAUUCUUAUGAGAAAAAUCUUAAUUGUGACGGAUGUAGGUAAGUUUGGUCCUUUUUAAUAAAAUUAUUUAAUGAAUGUUAAUCAGAUUUUAGUAAUUAGAAUAUUUACAGUAGUUUUAACUGCAGUAUCACAGGGAAACGUUUUAGUAUAAUUAAAAUAUAAUUAGUUGUGUUUAUAGAAGUAAGUUCCUUUUGGCAUUAUAUUUGCUAGAAAGUCUGGUUAAGCUGGAAAUUAUAAGUUAAGAGCUAAACAUGAAGACGUUGAAAGUGCACAGAAAAUGUUGCAUGUUUUAUUUUUGGCCCAUGAUUCAGUUUGAGAUAUGAUUUUAAGAUGAGAUAUUAAGAGCUUUUAUUGAUUUCAUGCCACUAGAUCCUGCAUAUUUUCUACAUCAGUGGUCAGGAGCCUUUUUGGUCUAUGACUUAGCAAUUUGAGGCAUGAUUUUAAGAUAAAAAUUAGAAGUCAAGAGCUAAUCAUGAAGAUAUUGAUGAUAAUGUAUGUGUUCUAUAUCAGUGGUCAAUUUAAAGUAUGAUGUUUAAGAUGACAAUUAGAAGUCAAUUGAUGAUAAUGUAUGUUUUCUAUAUGGUUGUAAACGCCUUUGGCCUAUGAUUUGGCGCAUGACACACUAAUUUGAGGUUACGGGUUAUGUUAAGUCAAUUAAACACAUCAAUUUACCCUACGUGUUUAA